AUGGUAAAACCACAGGACCUAUUACCUCGCUGGUUAAUGGAUCAUCAUGACAAUAAUAUAUCAGGUGCUCCCGAUCGCAUCCAAUUAGUUCCUUUGAUCGAUGGGUUUACUCCUUCAGGCUGUAACGAUCGUCCUGGAAAAAUCGUAUGUGAUUUCCCUCGAGAUCAUCCAGGGACCUGCGCCGUAGUCGAUGCUGCAGUGUCUGAAGAGACAGCCGAUUUGUUAUAUGCCAGCGCUGUCAAGGCGACAGUAUGGGGCACUUAUGUGUCCGUAAAUGAAUUAAAAAAGCAAAGCACGACCUCUUUAAAUGAAAAUGUACUGGAAUCCGAUGAGAUGCAAGACCCAAAUGCCUAUCGUCACGCUUUAGCUCGACGAACAAUACAAGAAUUUUUAAUGGGAAAUGCCGGGCACUGGAUUACUCAGAACGAUUGGGACCGUACCCAUGGUGUUGCUGUGUGGGUAAUUGCAUCAGAAUGCAACGAUGAGACUGAGUAUCAUUUGGACUAUGCCGAGCAGGUUCGAUACGAGUCCAACGUGAUAUUCCCUCCGAUUUACGGUGCCACACUGCACGUGAGUCCGCUAUAUAGUGACAUCAAUGAUGUGGCUGUCGCUAGUAAGGGAAGACGGACAAGCUUGUUCGAAGGUGGAGGCUUUUACGUGAAUCUUACAGGCUUGAAACACUAUGAGAAGUACGGCUACAAGACGCGCAAGCAGCCGCAUCGGUUGACUACAGACGUGCUCGAGCAGCUGAGUGAGACCGAGUCAGGAUGGAAACAAAUAUCAUAUAAGUAUCGGCGAGGAAUCGUGUGUGACGGAGAGCUUCCUCACUUUAGCGGUCGUGUUCGCUCACUCCCGGCAUCGAUGUCACCUUCGUCGAAUACCGGUACAGAGCUUCCCAUGAAGCGUGUGGUGGUCGGUUUUAACCUCUUUCCGAGCGAGAUCGGUGCGUGUGUGGCAAGGUUUCCGGAACACAGUGGCGCCUUUAAUCGCUAUGUAAAGCUCUCCCAGGCCGCUGCAAAGCAGACGAACAAGGGUGGAUGGACGCUGGCCAGCGUGCGUGCCAACCCGAAGCAAGCGGCGUUUCUCAAGCUGCUAGCACGAAAGGUACGUGAACACGAGAAGCAGACGUAG